GGGCAUACAUCGUAACAUUUUAUCCAUCACUUGCUUUAACAUACUAAGAGAGUUAUAAGAAGUUGAGAAAAAAAAAUGGCUUCAAAGGCUUUGAUUCUGUUAGGUCUCUUUGCAAUUCUUGUCGUCGUUUCCGAAGUGUCUGCCGCAAGACAGUCGGGCAUGGUGAAGCCGGAGAGUGAGGAAACAGUGCAACCUGAAGGUUAUGGCCAUGGCGGCCACGGAGGAGGACACUACGGAGGAGGAGGCGGAGGACACUACGGAGGAGGAGGAGGCGGAGGACACUACGGAGGAGGAGGAGGCGACGGACACGGAGGAGGGGGCCACGGACUUGACGGAUACGGAGGAAAUGGUGGACACGGAGGACAUGGAGGACAUGGAGGGCAAGGAGGUGGAGGAGGCCACGGACACGGAGGAGGGGGCCACGGACUUAACGAACCUGUUCAGACUCAGCCCGGUGUUUAAAACGCUAUAAUAGAUUCACCACCAUGCAUGAUUGUCAUAUGUGUCUGUAUGACUAUAAAUAAAUCAUGGUGAGUUUGUGUAAUGCAGUCCCUUCAGAAAUGUUUGCAAUAAAGUUUCAUAAUACUAGUCUAAUUUCUCUCUGUUUGAAUUAUAA